UUUUUCCAUUAUAAAUACAGUUCAAUGAGAAUUGGUACAGAUAAAAAAUCAGUACCGAUUUUUAAAAAUAACCAAAAUGUUCUUCAAAAUUAUGCUUCUUGCUCUUUUCGUCGUGGCCACAACGGCCGAUGAAAGCCUCGAACAACAGUGGCGACAAUUCAAGCUUGACCAUAACAGGAAUUACGAUGCUGCUGAAGAUGCUAAAAGAUUCAAGAUCUUUACGGAGACUGUAGAAAAAAUCAAGACUCACAACAAACUCUACCAUUCAGGAAAAUCUACUUACGAAUUGGGACUGACCGACUUUAGUGACAAGACUCCUGAAGAAUUAUCAAAACACCAUGGUCUCUAUGUCAGAAUUUAAAUUAUAGUUACUUAUAUACAAAUAUACUUAUACAAAAUCUUA